AUUACAUACAUCCCACGCUCUCUGCCGCACAGGCCACACACGCCCCGCUCCGCCCGUCUACCCUUCACCCAAGAACCGCCCGCCGCGCCGCGCCGCUCCCAUGGAGACGCCGACGCCGCGGGUGAAGCCCGGGUUCAACGGCGUCGGCGUGGGCAUGGGGUCGUCCGUGAACGGCAGCAGCCGCCGCGCCGGCUACUACAUGGGCCCGGCCGGCGCAGUGGCCGUGGCGGGCGGCGGCAGGGCGGCAGCAGCAGCGCCGGUAGACGGGUGCAGCGUGGCGCUGCGCGUGUUUGUGCUGGCGGCGACGCUGGUUUCCGCAGUGGUGAUGGGCGUGGACCGGCAGACGAGCACCAUCCGAAUCACCGUCACCGACGCGCUGCCGCCGCUGGAGGUGCCCCUCACCGCCAACUGGUCCUACUCCUCCGCCUUCGUCUACUUCGUGGUGGCGAACGCCAUGGUGUGCCUGUUCUCGGCGGCGGCGCUGGCGGCCUGCCGGAGCCGCGCCGCCAUGGUGCCCGUGAUGGUGGGCGACCUGCUGGCGCUGGCCCUGCUCUACUCGGCCGUGGGAGCCGCCGCGGAGUUCGGCAUCCUGGGCGAGCGCGGCAACUCGCACGUCCGCUGGCCUAAGGUCUGCAACGUCUACGGCCGCUUCUGCGAGCGCGCCAUGGCGGCCGUCAUCGUCUCCCUCAUCGCCGCAUUCGCCAACCUCGUCCUCCUCAUGCUCAACAUCCUCACCAUCCACAAGAGCUCUUCCUACUACUAAGCUAGCUACUAUAGUAUAGAGAAAAGAACCAUAUACAAUGUGAGCUAGCUACUCAUAUAUAGCUGUUGCUGUUUGCAAUUGCAUGCAUGGGGAUUAACUAAAGAUCGACCCCAACUUGUUGAAAGAGUCCA